UGCUCCGAAUUCUUUGUUGGUUGCAGCGAUGGGUCGGUAGAGAUGCUACGGAUGUCCUUCUGAGCACGAUAAUGCUCCUCGUGGUGCUAUAAUAAGGCUCAGAGCCAAGUUUGUGGUGUUGCAGUAAACCCGUGCGCACCGGAAAGCGCGGUUCUGGACCGACGGAGGAGCGGUCGAUACGCCUCGGGCAGCAAGCGUAGGCAACAGAGGGGUGCCUAGAGCUGGCGGAACUUGCGAGGGCAAACACAGAGCUCAGCUUUCGUAUUGAGUCUGAGCCAAACUCUGCGGCGCGGAGACGACGGCAGGGUUUGCGUACCGCAUCGCAUCCAAACGGCUGAGAGCCGCAACGUAUCGAAACCUACGCCGCCGCCGCACAGUUUGAACGCGGCCAGCGAGGCAGAGCAGCCUUGACCUGACCCUUGCUCUUACGUGCGCGCGGGCCGUAGGGCGACCACGCGUCGUUAGCGCUACCUGCUGGUCUACUGCUACCUCCCUGCCUGCUGCCUGCGCGCCCAAGGCCCGCAGGACCCAGGAAUAAAAGGAGGGGCGACGACCAGAACACGCGAAAAUGAGCGCACCCGCCGUGGCGCCCCAAGUCACCUCGGACUUCGGUUUGCUGUCCGAUGACGAUGAAAAAACGAUAGAGACCUCCCUGCCACCUUCUCCGAGAAGCCCCGCGACACCACAACGCGGACUCACAAGAGAACUGAAGCGAUAUAAUGUGAUGGGCAUCCGCUUCGACGUCGAUGUCCGAUACGACGUCCUCGACGUCGUGGGCCAGGGCGCCUACGGCGUCGUCUGCGCCGCGCACGACGCUGUGGCUGGGGAAGCGGUCGCAAUCAAAAAAAUUGCCAAUGCAUUUGAACAUGCUACCUACACGAAACGGACGUUGCGCGAGAUCCGGUUGUUGCGAUUGUUAAGGCACGACAAUAUCGUGCGGCUGAAGACGUUGUUACCUCCGGUCAAGUCGGAUGGAUUUCGGGACCUGUAUAUCAUUUCUGACUUACUGGAGACGGAUUUAUCCUCCGUGAUCAAGAGCCCGCAACCUCUGUUCGACGAGCACGUCCAGUUCUUCAUCUACCAAGUGUUAAGAGGUGUGAAGUUCCUCCACACGUGUAGCCCACCGGUUACUCACCGUGACCUCAAGCCGCGCAAUUUACUGGUGAACUCGAACUGCGACCUGAAGAUCUGCGACUUCGGGCUGGCGCGCGUCGACGUGCAAUCGUCGUCGUCGUCGGCGAUGACCGAUUAUGUCGCUACUAGAUGGUACCGCGCGCCUGAAAUUAUCACUGGUAUGUAUGCAGUGUCCUUUUGAGGGCGUUCGGACUACGUCGCGUCGUAGCAUCCAUCGCGUCGAUGGCGUCGAGGGCGGUCCCACGGCCUCCUGGCCGAGUUUCUGUCGGAGUGGCUGCGAGCGCGUCUCGAGACGGCUUCACAGCCUCAGAAAGCUCGCUUCCGCCCCCACGCCAUCGCCGCGACGCUUACGACACACAGGCUGGGUCGAGUACACGAAGGCCGUCGACGUCUGGGCCGCCGGCUGCAUCUUGGCCGAAUUGCUGGGACGGAAGCCGCUCUGGCCGGGGAGCGACUCGCAACAUCAACUGGAGCUCAUCUGCCAGUGCGUCGGACGGCCGUCUAUGGACACGAUCGACAAGAUCCAGACGCCGGAGAUCCGCGAGUUCGUCGCGCAGAUCCCGGAUUCACGACCGGUCGGCUUCCGGGCGUUGUAUCCACAAGCGAACCCAUUGGCGUGCGACUUGCUCGAGGAUUUACUAGUGUUUGAGCCCUCAGAUAGAAUCGACGUCUGUCAGGCGCUGGCGCACCCCUACCUGGAGCAGCUCCACUACCCCGACGACGAGCCGACCGGGCCCUCUAUACCUGCUGAUCAAUUCGCGUUCGAGCGAAAGCGCAUGUCCGCUUCUGAAUUAAAAGCGGAGAUCCUGCGCGAGAUCUGGCACUACCACUGGCCGCGCCACGGCAAGCGCCACCGGCGCGACCCGUCGGAGCCCUUCGCCGACCUCUCGGAGACGUACGCCGCGGACUCGCGCGACUCGCCCGUCGAGCCCGCGGCGAAGCACCGGUGAUCACUGGCUGCUGCCGCCAUGCGGCCCUCUUUUGUGAAACGAAGUAACGUUACCCUGUAUG